AUGGCAGGCCUUACAGAAGAGUACACCGCAGAAGAUCUCGCUGCUGACAUUGAAGAGGUUCCAUAUGUCGAACACGAACUGGACCUCGACGAUCAACGGAUCCGUCGGGACGAGCAGAAGGAGGAAGCGGAAGACGGCGGGUUCAUGCCGUCCUCCCAAGGCUCAUCCUCAUCCGAGGGCUCCUCGUGGUGCUCAGCCAGCGACUGCAGCCUGAGCGGGAGCUCCCAGGGGUCCAACCGUCAGACUGACGACGACGACGCUAACGAGCCUGCUGCUGCACAAGCGCAAGAGCAGGAACCCGAUGUCGACUACGACAGCGACGCCGACACCGCGAUGGAGACCUACGAGUAUGGGCUCGAGCACGACGCCGACCGCGAGGCUGGGUUCGGCUCUCAGGAGCCAACUUCAUCGCAAGAACGAGACCAAGAGUACGAUGUCGGCGGCGACAGCGACACUGCGAUGGAGGUCCAGUCGGACGAUGGGCAGGCCCCGCCACCAUUCACCCAGCCCGCCGCCCAACCCGACCCUGCAGCGCUGCCCAGUGUAUUCACUGGCUUCCGGCUGCUCCGUUUGGCUGAGCUGUACCGAAGAGUCAUGCAGCCAGAGCUGUCCGGUUGGCGAGCCGACUGGUACGAGCUGGCCGGCAUCCUGUACGAUCUCAACGAGGUGCAGACGGACUACGUCAGAUACCUUAUGGAUAGGCUUGGGACGCGCGCCAGCGAGAACGUGCUUCACCCUGGGCCUGAAAAUGAGGCAUGGAUACUGCACGUCGCGGGGAUUCACUGGCCGCGCUAUCUCGAGAGUCUCACAGAUACCGUCGAGGAAGAUCUGGCCCCCGGGCCCUCGUAGCACUCGUUUCCCGUUCGGUUGUACAGCAUCGUCGUCGUCUGAUAGUAUUCA